UAGUUUAGAUGAAGAAGAAGAUGAAAGACAAGUUGAAGAAGCAGAGGCGUUUGAAGCUUCUUACAACUUUAGAUUUGAAGAAGAAGACGGAGGCAUCAUUCAUACAUAUCCUCGCGAUGUUGCUUCACUUCGCCAAACAAAUGAUAAAAGAAAGAAAGAGAGAGAAAGAAAAAAACAAAGAAAAGAAGAAGAGAUGGUGCAACGGCGAGAGGAACUGAAGCGAUUAAAAAAUAUUAAAAAAGAAGAAAUCCAGCAAAAACUAAGAAUGAUUCGAGAUAUAGGAGGCUUAGAUGCCGCCACUGUGAGUGCGGUAUUAGACUUAGGAGGCGACUUUGACGCAAAGGCACAUGAUGAAGAGAUGGAGAAAUUGUUUGGAGAGGAAUAUCAACAGCAAAAAGAACAAGAUGCGCCGCUCGAGGUGCCAGCAUCUUGUGAGGAGUUUCUUUCAACUGCACAUGAGACAGAUAUAACUCAAAUGACUAAGAAACAAAAGCGGUUGAUGAAAAUGCAGAAAAGAAGACUAAGACAAGCGGAAGCAGUAGAGGGAUAUGCUUCAGACGAAGACACACAGCAGCAGCAGCAGCAGCAGCAGCAGCAGCAGGGAGAAGAGGAGGCAGCCACAGACGCGGACGCAACAGCAACCUCCGAAGCAGCAGCAGCAGCAGAAGAGCAGCAGCAGCAGCAAGAAGGAGAGGAGACAGAGCCACAGGCGGAAUGGUGGAUGUGUGAUGGCUGUGGGAAAGGAAUUCGAGGAGGAAAGAAGAGGUACUAA